GGAAUAAACAAAUAAAAUCUCUUUUAAAAAAAGUGAAAUUCCCUUCACCUGAAUCCUAGAGCAAGAAAUCAUACCUAUAAAACCACCACCACCACCACCACAACAACCAAAUACAGCAGGAGUUCCGGGCACUUGCACAAAAAGCCUAAAAGCAGUAAUAGUAAAAAUAAAUACAUUUCUGAACUUUUAAAAUAAAAUGAAAAAAAUAAAAAUAAGAUUAAAACUAAAUUACAGUAAUUUUAUAAUUGAAAGAUAAAAUUGCUUUCGUGUGAAUCCUACAACAAAAACAUCAUGUAUUAAAAGUGAACACCAAGAGCAGGAGGCCUAGGCAGUUGUACUUUAUGCUACACCCUCCCCAUAAGUCUCAGCUUAACUGGACGUAAGGUUCUUGCUUCUCUGCUGUGUCAUAGGUGUGACAUCUUCCCCGAAGCCAAUGCCCAAAUAUUUGUCAAUUCACUCCUUUUGCAAACAGCUUAUGCUUGUUUUCUGUAGAUUAGUCUAAUUAAACUCCUUGGUGCAUUAAUGUGAACGAUUUCUACUUCAGACUCCAUCUGGAUGUGUCCCGACAAUGAAGUGUCGCCUAAGUGAUAACCCGUUCAGAAGAUGCGCUCUGUCAGCGACAACUACCUCACCAGGGUGUGGCCGAACUCACCGAGACGACAAAAAUCACACAUUCCCGGUGGCCGUACCUUGCCCGUCGCACAUGUCCGAUUUCAGUCCAUUUGUGUUUUUUUCAUUAACGAGGGUCCGUGAGAGCAGCGAGGUGAUGGUCACCCACUGGCAGAUGGCAAUGAGGACAGCACGCUAUCCUGUGACUAUCAGGGCCCUCUGCCAGGCAGCGUGGGGAGCGUCUCUGGUCCAGACUCCGCCGCCGCCGCCGCCGUGCAUCCUGCCCCUCCCAGGCUGGGGAGAGACAUCAGCCCACCUGAGGGAAAGAAGCAGAGACUGAUGGGAGUCCCACCACCUCUAACUGGCUCUGUCUGUGUCCCAGAGCACUCUGAACUUCCCAAUCUGUUACCUUGUCUCCGAAGCAUAAUAUUUUCUUAAGACUCUCCCCGAGAUGCCCACUUAUCAUGAAGAACAGCUACAAAAUGUUCCAGCAAGUAUGAUCAGGUCCUGUGGGGUCUGAUUCAUCACCAGAGGGCCUCCUGUCCUGGUCACUCAGAUGUCUUCGUCCUCAGUGCUCAGAAAUUUGAGAUCAAAACCAGAUAGAUUAGCCUGGGUGCUGUCUUCAGUCACUUGCAUGCAUCUUGCAAGCUCCUUUCUGAGGGUUCAGCACCAGAAGCUGAAGGCAGCCACAUCGAUGAAGGAAAUCCAGGCCUUGUGGACAAAUUCAUGUACCACGGCGAUGGCAGCAACCUCGAAGGGGACAUCAACCUGGAAGGUGCCAUCAACUUCUUCCACGGCGAUAUGAACCUAGACAUCAACUUCGAAGACAACUUCAACCUCGAAGACAACUUCAACCUCGAAGACAACUUCAACCUCGAAGACGACUUCAACCUCGAAGACGACUUCAACCUCGAAGACAACUUCAACCUCGAAGGCGACAUCAACCGCGAAGGCAACUUCAGCCUCGAAGGCGACAUCAACCGCGAGGGCGACAUCAACCUCGAAGGCGACAUCAAUCCCGAAGGCGACUUCAACCUCGAAGGCGACAUCAACCCCGAAGGCGACUUCAACCUCGAAAGCGACAUCAACCGCGAAGGCGACAUCAACCUCGAAGGCGACUUCAACCGCGAAGGCCACUUCAACCUCGAAGGCGACAUCAACCUCGAAGGCGACUUCAACCGCCAAGGCCACUUCAACCUCGAAGGCGACUUCAACCACGAAGGCCACUUCAACCUCGAAGGCGACAUCAACUGCGAAGGUGACUUCAACCGCGAGGGCAUCGUGAACCAUGAAGGUGAAGGGAUCCACGAGGUCGGCGGUGGCGUCCAGGAGCUGGGGCAGCUGGCACCUGAAGAGCUACCCCAGGCGGUGGCUGCUAGGGCUCCCCAGCCCCGAAGGAGACGGCGAGCCCAGCGCAAUAAGUUCACACAGGUGCAGGUUCAGGAGCUGGAAAGUGCCUUCCAGCACACUCAAUAUCCAGAUGUGCUCACAAGACAGGAACUUGCAAGACGCAUGGAUGUGACUGAAAUCAGAGUGCAGGUUUGGUUUAAGAACAGGAGAGCCAAGUAUAAGAGAGAUGAGAGGGCAUCAAAGCUCAGAAACACACCACCUACCAACCUGAACCACCUUUUCAUCCUCAUGUUGGAUGGGCCCUAGAAUGCCAUCCUUGUUCAGAAACCAGUUUGGAGAUGGGUUCUUUUGGUGUCACUGACACUUGGGCCAACUAUGCUGCCCCUUCCACCCAUAUCUCCUCUAAUAGUUUGUUGCGUUGUCAAUAAAGAAGUGAAUUCACCAUG